AUGUCUGGUGAUGCGACCGAACCUCCUAUUGAUCACCCACCCGAGGACGCUCAAGAUGCAACCACGGGAAACCCGGAGGCGGUCGAUCUGAAUGAUGAGCAGGUGCCGGUUAAUGCUGCACACCCGGACGGGCUUCGAUCACAUCCACGCAUAGUAGUGGAAGGGGAGGAGGUGAACUCGUCUGACGACGAAGAGGCCCCCCAAGAUGAGCCUCCGCAGAUGCCAGAAACAGCCGACGCUGCGGCAGGUGAAACGAAAGUGAACGGAUCAGAUGGCUAUGGGAAUGAUGGUGCGCAAGAGGAACGACCAACCGGAGCUGCGGAGGGCUCGCCGCGCUCAGACGAAGAUGCCAUCUCGAACGCUGGUACUGAAAUACCCACGCGAACGAGAACAGACUCGAGGUCGACCACGGCAACCCGUUCACUGCCGGUAUCGUCUACAGUAUUUGUUGUCAACGCCCUCGAAUCAAUCGGUGCAUCCAAGGAGGCGCGGAGAAACAAAGAGUUCGCAGACGCUGUUCAGGCAGCGUUGGAAAAUAUUAAGAGCCAUGAGCAGCCUGUCAACCCGGAGCUUAUAUUCAAGCCACUCCAACUGGCCACCAGGUCCUUCUCUGUUCCACUGCAGGUCACAGCUCUUGACUGCGUUGGCAAAUUGAUCAGCUAUUCGUACUUCGCCUUCCCUGCUGUUACCAUCACCCAACCCGACGCUCAACCCGAAACUUCUGAGACACCACCCCUCAUCGAGCGGGCAAUUGAAGCGAUAUGCGACUGCUUCGAGGGCGAAGCUACGGCCGUAGAGAUUCAGCAGCAGAUCAUCAAGUCACUGCUAGCUGCUGUGCUAGACGACAAGAUCGUGGUUCACGGCGCUGGACUACUCAAAGCCGUGCGGCAAAUCUAUAAUAUCUUCAUCUACUCCAAGUCAAGCCAGAACCAGCAAGUCGCCCAGGGAUCUUUGACGCAAAUGAUUGCGACCGUAUUUGAUCGUGUAAGGUCGCGACUGGAGGCACGGGAGGCACGAUCGCAGCACAAAUCCGAGGAUAACCUUUCAGGCGAGCAGUCGGUGGUCGACAACAAUGGUGUCAACGGCCUCAACGGGGCUGACAGUACGGUGCAGACCCCCGAAACAGAGACUCCGCCUGCUCUGAAUCAAGGAAAGGGCAUGACCCUUCAAGACUUCGAGAACAACAAGAAUCUGGACGACGCUGUUGCUGCCGACUCGGCGCCUACAACCGUGACCAGAGCAAGAGACAGGAAAGCAACGCGCAGCGGGUCUGGUCAGGUCUCGAGGUCGAGCAUGCAAGAAGACCGCGAUGAUGCUGAACUUUCCUUAGAGGAUGAGGAUGAGAUUUACAUCAAGGACGCUUUCCUGGUUUUUCGCUCUCUGUGCAAACUCAGCCAAAAGGUACUCACGUAUGAUCAACAGCAGGACCUCAGGUCACAGAACAUGCGUUCUAAGCUACUGUCUCUCCAUCUCAUUCACCACGUUCUCAACAACUUUACUAUCGUCUUUAUCUCUCCUCAGUCGACUCUCAGAGGCGGACCGUCGGGUGAACAGAACCCCUUCAUUGAGGUUGCGAAGCCUCAUCUCUGCUUGAGCUUGUCUAGAAACGCCUCGAGCUCAGUACCUCGCGUGUUCGAGGUCUGCGCUGAGAUUUUCUGGCUAUGUCUGAAGCAUCUUCGGGUCGCACUGAAGAAGGAACUCGAAGUGUUCCUCAAAGAAGUCUACCUUGCUGUUCUCGAGAAACGCACCGCACCCCAAUUCCAGAAGCAGAUGUUCAUGGAAAUCCUUGAAAAGCUCUCUAGUGACCCAAGGGCGCUAGUCGAGAUAUAUCUCAACUAUGAUUGCGAUCGAACUGCGCUCGAUAACAUGUACCAGCUAAUCAUUGAGCAUUUGUCACGGAUCUGCAGCACACCUAUCGCUGUGACUCCCCAGCAACAGAUGCUAUAUCAGGAGAACGGGAAACCAAAGUCACAAUAUAGUGACUGGCAUUCAAGAGGUUCUCUCUUACCCGGUCUUUCAACUGCUACCCUCAGCCACCCGCCACCCGCUCCAGGACCAUUGCCAGUCGAGUAUCUGCUAAAGCAGCAGUCACUGAAGUGCCUGAUGGAGAUUCUGAGCUCACUGGAUAAUUGGUCAAGCCAGUCUGUCGAAAGCGGAUCGAACAGCCAGUAUCCGGCUUCGCGAUCGUCUUUCCAGGAGUCGCGCGAGUCCCUGGACACACCUGACAAACCUCCUGCAUCGCCGAGGUUUCCCAGUGUGCACACUGGUUUGGACUCCGGCGUCGGCACACCAGUCGCGGAAGACGACCCGAACGAAAUUGAGAGGGUGAAGAAGAGGAAGACUGCCCUCAACGAAGCAAUUCGACAGUUUAACUUCAAAGCAAAACGAGGUCUCAAAGCUUUGUUGUCUGACGGAUUUAUCAAAAACGAUACUCCCGAAGAUAUUGCGAGGUUCUUGAUAUCCAGUGAUAGGUUGAACAAAGCCGCGCUCGGUGAAUUUCUGGGCGAAGGUGAUGACUACAAUGUGGCUAUCAUGCACGCCUUCGUCGACCAGAUGGAGUUUCACAAGAGGCGGUUUGUUGAUGCUCUUCGCCAGUUUCUCCAAAGCUUCCGCCUACCAGGUGAAGCUCAAAAGAUCGAUCGUUUCAUGCUCAAGUUUGCAGAGCGAUAUCUUACCGGCAAUCCGAAUGCGUUUGCAAAUGCGGACACCGCUUACGUACUAGCGUACUCCGUGAUCUUGUUGAAUACGGAUGCACACAGCAGCAAAAUGAAGGGCAGACGUAUGAACCUGGAGGAGUUCAUCAAGAACAAUCGGGGCAUCAACGAUGGACAAGACCUCCCCCCAGAGUACUUGACUGCUAUCUUUGACGAGAUUCAGAGUAACGAGAUAGUGCUCGCUUCGGAGCGAGACCACGCAGCGGAUCUGGGUAUCCAAGCCUCUGUUCCAGCUACUGGUCUCGCUACCAGAGCCGUGCAAGGACUGGCAAACGUCGGCAGAGAUCUGCAGCGCGAGAAAUACAACCAAGCAUCCGAAGAUAUGGCGAAUCGAACUGAGCAGCUCUAUCGCAGCCUCAUUAGAGCACAGCGGAAGUCUGCCGUACGAGACAUGCUCUCGCGAUACAUCUCUGCAUCUUCGGUAAAGCAUGUGGGUUCAAUGUUCAACGUGACCUGGAUGUCGUUCCUCUCUGCCUUGUCAAGUCAGAUGCAAGACGCUCAAAACUUUGAGCUGAUUAAGGAGUGUCUGAACGCUCUGCGGUUGGCCAUUCGCAUUUCUUGCCGGUUCGAUCUUGAAACACCGAGGACAGCAUUUGUUACAUCCCUGGCCAAGUUUACCAAUUUGAGCAAUCUAAAAGAAAUGAUGGCCAAGAAUCUGGAAGCGCUCAAAGUUCUUAUAGACAUUGCUCUGACGGAAGGCGAUGUCUUGAAGAACUCUUGGCGUGACAUCUUGACCUGCAUCAGCCAGCUCGACCGCUUGCAGCUGCUAUCUACCGGCAUCGACGAGAGCGCAGUGCCUGAUGUGAACCGACAGUCUAUUCCUACACCAUCAAACAUUGGCGAAGGUCGGUCUCGGAAAUCGACGCAAGGCAAACGACCGAGGCCAAAGUCUGCCCAAAGCUUCCGGCCUGAGGUUGCUGAUGAGACCAAAUCAUCAGACAUGAUUCGCAAUAUCGACCAGAUCUUUUCAAACACCGCCAAGCUAUCGUCAGAUGGAAUAGUGGACUUUGUGAAAGCCCUUACGGAUGUCAGCUGGCAAGAAAUCCAAUCCUCGGGCAACAGCGAGUCUCCUCGGACCUUCAGUCUGCAGAAGCUGGUAGAGAUCAGCUACUAUAACAUGACCCGAGUCAGAAUCGAAUGGACCAGGCUCUGGGAGGUUUUGGGCGAGCACUUCAACCAGGUCGGCUGCCACAACAACACAACCGUCGUCUUCUUUGCUCUUGACUCGUUGAGGCAACUGUCGAUGCGCUUCAUGGAAAUUGCAGAAUUGCCAGGCUUCAAAUUUCAAAAGGAUUUCCUUAAGCCAUUCGAGUAUGUCAUGGGCAAUACAACCGUGGUGACCGUCAAAGACAUGGUCUUGCGGUGUUUGAUACAAAUGAUUCAAACUAGAGGCGACAAUAUUCGCUCGGGAUGGAAGACCAUGUUUGGAGUGUUCACCGUUGCUGCUGCGGAGCAGUAUGAGGCCAUUGUCAACAUUGCUUUUGAUUACACGACUCAGAUCUACAACACCAGGCUCGGGGUGGUGAUCACCCAAGGAUCCUUUCCUGAUCUGAUACAGUGCUUGACGCAGUUUUCUAAGAAUUUGAGAUUCCAAAAGAAGUCUCUCCAAGCAAUUGAGUUGCUCAAAUCGACAGUCCCGAAGAUGUUGCAGACACCUGAAUGUCCCCUGUCAAGAAGACACAGCAAACAGGCAGAGAACGGAGUUGUUGCAGGCGUCAGACAGCCUAGUGCUCAAACAGAAGAGGAGCAAUUCUGGUAUCCGGUGCUCAUGGCGUACCAAGACAUACUGAUGACAGGUGAUGACCUCGAAGUACGGUCAAGGGCGCUCAACUACCUGUUCGAAACUCUGAUACGAUAUGGUGGCGACUUCCCGCCUGAGUUCUGGGACACGCUGUGGAGACAACUUCUGUAUCCGAUCUUCGUCGUGCUUCAGUCCAAGUCCGAGAUGUCAAAGGUUCCGAACCAUGAGGAGCUUUCGGUGUGGCUGUCGACAACCAUGAUCCAGGCACUUCGCAGCAUGAUCACCCUAUUCACCCACUACUUUGACUCGUUACAGUAUAUGUUGGAUCGAUUUUUGGACCUCUUGGCGCUUUGUAUCUGCCAGGAAAAUGACACGAUCGCGCGAAUUGGCAGCAAUUGUCUUCAGCAGUUGAUUCUCCAGAAUGUCACAAAAUUCAGUCCGGAUCACUGGUCCAAGAUCGUGGGAGCUUUUGUUGACUUGUUCAACCGGACCACAGCGUACGAUCUUUUCUCGGCUGCCGCAACAAUGUCUGAUGCGCGCACGCCGGCGCUUAGCGAAGGAGGCGACGGCCUGAGCAUUUCGGGCACGACCGAGGUACAGACUCCUGUUGCGGAGGAGACAUCAUCGCUGGACACAGGGCUAGAUGCAACUACCGAGGCAACUGGGUCACCUGACCAAGCACUCGAGGACUAUAAGCCUCACGCUGACAUGCAAACGCCGGUUCCGGUGGUGACGGCAGCUCGACGGCGGUUCUUCAACAAGAUCAUCACCAAUUGUGUGCUGCAACUGCUCAUGAUCGAAACUGUGGCCGAGCUUUUCUCCAACGACAGUGUGUAUGCACAGAUCCCGUCGCCGGAGCUCCUGAGACUUAUGGGACUGUUGAAGAAAUCAUACCAAUUCGCCAAAAAGUUCAACGGCGACAAAGAACUUCGCAUGUCGUUGUGGCGGCAAGGCUUCAUGCGCCAACCGCCCAACCUACUCAAGCAAGAAUCCGGGUCCGCCAACACCUAUGUCAGCAUUCUGCUGCGCAUGUAUCACGACGAGGGUGAAGAAAGGCGAAACAGCAGAGAGGAGACGGAGGGCGCACUGAUACCGCUGUGUGCUGACAUUAUCCGCUCCUUCACUCAACUCGACGAAGAAACACAGCAGCGCAAUAUUGUUGCAUGGCGGCCGGUGGUGAUAGAUGUGCUCGAGGGAUACACCAACUUCCCCCGAGACACGUUCGACAAGCACAUUGAGACAUUCUUCCCUCUCGGAGUUGCUCUUCUGGAGAAAGAAGUCGGGACUGAACUCCGAGGGGCGCUCUGGGGACUAUUUAGACGCGUUGGGGAGACGAAAUUCGGAAUGGCGGAGUUCAGGCCACGGGAGAACAGUAUUGGAGGCAUGAGCAGUGUUGGAGCGACACCUACGAGCCCAGCAAUGGGCAGAGAUGAGCGGGAGUGGCGACGCAGAGGAAGCCGAAUCAGUCGGACAGGCCCAUCGUGA